UCUUGUUUUCUCUUAAAGAUUGAUGCAAAUGCAAUGGUUCUAUUCUAUCUAGGUUUCAUCCUGGGAAGUAGUCAUUAGUCAACACUGUAAAUCUAUGAUCUAUUUGGGGGAAACUAGAGCCAACAAAAUUGUAAUUUAAAAGGCCAUUUCAGAGAAAAUACCAUUUCCCCUAAAUUUUAUUCUAAAAAAAAAAAAGGUUCAGAAACAGUUCCAACAAGCCCCUAGAUUUUCCCAGAAAAGAAUGGGUACUUUUCUAAUAACUUCCUCAGUCAUGAUGGUUAUUCUGUCUAGCUUUUCACAGAAAGGACCUCAUGCUUCUUAGUAACAAUGUCUCUUAGUAAUAUGAUCACACUCAAGAACUACUCUUUAUUUUUUCAUUUUCCUCCACUGAUAAAUCUCAACAACAUAUGUAUUUAUAGAAGAUAUCACUAUAACAUACCUCAAAGUACACCAGAAGAAAUCAUAUUUCUUGAAAGUUAACAUAUAUAUAGACACUAUUCUGUAGCAACGAUGGUACUGCAAAUACAGGGUUUAAGUAAGUGAUCGAUGAUGUCAGACCAAGAUUUGUGGCGUUCACUUGGUGAGUUAAGUUGAAAUGGAGUUUCUAGGUGUGGAGGGGAAAUUUUGUACGUUUUAACUUCUUAUAAUAAUCUUUCCAUUACAGAAGUUUAGGAGAGUAAAAUAAAAAGGACUUUAAAAUCUUAUUUACUUGUUUAGAUAAUUUUUUUUUUAUCUAGGACGACUAAAAGGCAGGAAGACUUUUUUCUUCGUUUGAGCCCCCUGUCUAGGUAGAGAAAGAGAUAGAGGUGUUAUGACAAAUAGGAUUUGGAUAUUUGUAUUUGGACCAAGUUAGUUGAGCUAAACGUUGAUUGACUGGCAUUGGAAGAGUAUCACUUACGGAAGCUUCUCUUUGACAUAACUUCACAUCCCACGUCGUUAAAGUCCUUCAAUGAAAUCAUCAUUCCUGAUAAGAAACUAAACUAUUACAUUCAUUCUUCUCUAUUUCAUAGCUCUGAGUUUACAUUCCCCUGUAAAAAAAAAAAAAAAUGCCUACCAGUCCCUCUAAAACCGUGCUUCUAGUCUUGACAUUCAUAGCAACAGUUCUAGUCCAACCACUGAUUACUUUAUGUGAUGAUGAGGAGGAGGAGGAGAAAUAUUUGAACUGCAACUCAUCAUUGAACUGCCUCAGAUAUCCAAAUCUCGGUUAUCCUUUCUGGGGUCCGAAUCGGCCUGAUUACUGUGGCCAUCCAAGUUUUAAGUUGACCUGCGAAGAUGAAACUGUAGAAAUCGUAAUUGAGUCCAUCGCCUAUCGAGUUCUCGAGAUCGACACCAACACACAGAUUUUGAAGGUAGCUAGAAUAGAGAACAAUACUUGUCCACAGUACUUGAAAAACAGCACGUUGGACUCGAAUAUCUUCUACUACAGCUCAAACACUCAACCCCUAAAGCUACUUUAUGACUGUUCAUCCUUGCCGCCUAGGCUUCCUGGUCAGUUUAGUUGCAAUAUAAACAGCAGAAAUUAUGUUAACCUCAUCGUAACACAGAAUACCGAUAGUGGUAUCUUAAACACCAUGAGAUGCAACCAUGUUGUUGAUGUUGCAAUCUCUCAAUCAGAGAUGCAAACUCUAAAGAGCAAUCCAAGUGGGAAAAAUCUAGUAAAAGCUCUGGAAUCUGGAUUUGAGUUGCAGUGGAGGAUAGACAAUAGCGUGUGUUACCAGUGUCAAGAAUCGGGUGGCCAGUGUGGUUCAGACCCAAGGUUGGGUGAAUUCACUUGUUAUUGUUUGGAUGGAGCUUUUAAAACCACUUGUGGAUCAACACCUUCAGACGAGUCAAGGAACUCCAAGAAAGAAACAGCGACUCGCCUUAUCAUUGGUGUUUCAAUUGGAGGAGCAUGUUUGGUUGCAACAAUUAUAGGAUGCUGCAUCUUUUUUUGUUUUCGAAAAAAGAAGCAAUAUGCGAUUGGAUCUGUAAGCAAAGAAGCUGGCCCUUCUCCUCCUGUUUCUUAUCCUAUUUCAAACAAAGAUUUGCGUCCUCCUCCUCUUUUAAACUCCUUUCAGAGUCAGAGCAUUCCUUCUUAUCCCUCUUCCAAAUCUGAUCUUGAGACACCUACCACCAACCAUGAUAUUCAAGUAUUCAAUUAUGCUGAACUCGAAAAAGCUACCGAUAAUUUUAACCGUUCUCGAGAGCUUGGCGAUGGAGGAUUUGGCACUGUUUACUAUGGGAAGCUUGUUGAUGGGCGCGAAGUUGCUGUGAAGCGUUUAUAUGAACAUAAUUGCAAACGUGUGGAACAGUUCAUGAAUGAAGUGGACAUUCUUGCUCAUUUACAACACAAGAACCUUGUCAAACUCUAUGGCUGCACCUCCAGAUUUAGCCAAGGCCUUCUCCUUGUCUAUGAAUACAUUCCCAAUGGAACUGUAGCUGACCAUCUCCACGGAUCUCGGAUGAAGCUUGGUUUGCUCAGUUGGCCAAUUCGGCUGCGAAUCGCCAUUGAAACAGCAAAUGCACUCAUGUACCUCCAUCGCUCGGAGAUCAUCCAUCGCGAUGUCAAAACCAAUAACAUCCUCCUUGAUGAGAACUUCACUGUCAAAGUGGCUGAUUUUGGCCUUUCAAGGCUAUUCCCUACUAAUGUAACUCACGUGUCCACUGCCCCACAAGGCACACCAGGCUAUGUUGAUCCUGAGUACUACCUAUGUUAUCAACUCACUACAAAGAGCGACGUAUACAGCUUUGGAGUGGUUUUGAUUGAGCUUAUAUCGUCACUAAGAGCAGUUGACACAGAUAGAAAACGACAGGAUAUCAACUUGAGCAAUAUGGCAGUGAGUAAAAUACAAAGUCGGGCAUUGAAUGAGUUGAUCGAUCCAAAGCUCGGUUUCAACGAGAAUCAUGAAUUUAUGAGUGAGGCAACAUCAGUUGCGGAAUUGGCUUUUCGCUGCCUUCAACAGGAAAGGGACUUGAGGCCUACAAUAGAAGAAGUGGUGGAGGAACUACGGAAGAUUGAGAAUGACAAAUCCAGUUCCGAGAUGGCUAAAGUUGUCGAUAUAGGAGUCGUUGGAGACGAUAUCGAGCUUGUAAAGAGAACACCACCAUCAUUUUCGCCUAAAUCUGUCAUAGCUGACAACUGGGUUAGCAGCUCUUCCAUCACAAAAUCCUUGUGAAUUGAGAUUUAUGCUUCUUUUUGCGUCUUCUUAUGGCCUUAUACUCUGAUAGCAUAUUGUGUAUGAUUUGUAUGAGUAGUUUGUGUAUAGUAGACACUGUAAUUUGCCCUCUUUUAUAUAUACAUAGCCUUCAUUUUGAUAAGAGAUUAAA